CGUAACUACCACAUCAACUACAACGACCAUAACUACCACAACAACUACAACGACCGUAACUACCACAACAACUACAACGACCAUAACUACCACAACAACUACAACGACCGUAACUACCACAUCAACUACAACGACCAUAACUACCACAACAACUACAACGACCGUAACUACCACAACAACUACAACGACCAUAACUACCACAACAACUACAACGACCGUAACUACCACAUCAACUACAACGACCAUAACUACCACAACAACUACAACGACCGUAACUACCACAACAACUACAACGACCAUAACUACCACAACAACUACAACGACCGUAACUACCACAACAACUACAACAACGACAAGUAAGUGUACUGCCGCGUUUCGAAGUUCCAUUGUAAUAGCUAAAAGAAAAUAA